GCCACUGCCAGCGGAGAAAGGGAGGUCGACCGGCCCCGCUGCCCCUGCCCCUGCCCCUGCCCCCACCGCAGCGCCACCGAAGCCGCCAGACACCACCACCCCACAUCCGCCAGAAGCCUCUCCCUCCCCCCACCUCAUCGGCGCGCCGCCAAUGGCCGCGUGGUGAAGCGCACCUGUGCCGACGGAAGAAGCAGGCUGCAGGCACCAACAGCCAAGCCCCCGCGCUCUGCCCUCGCCGCGGCCGCCCUCCCACUGCCACGGAAGGUUGUGGAUCCCGGAUUCAGACAGGUGCCAACCAUUCGAUUUGAUUUGGGGCGGAGGAGUACUUUCCUAUGGCCGCCUCCAUCGCGGCCUCGUCCUUCGUUCCAGGGUCGCCGGCGCCGGCGCCGGCCGCUCCUAAGAGCGGCCUUGGGGAGCGCCCAGAGAGCCUGGACGUCCGCGGCGUGGCGGCGAAGCCGGGAGCCUCGUCGAAUGCCGUGAGGGCGGGCAAGACGCGCGCCCAUGCUGCCGUCCCCAAGGUGAACGGUGGGGGCAAGUCUGCGGUGGCGGAUGGGGAGCACGACACCGUACCUUCCUCGGUGCCCAAGACUUUCUACAACCAGCUUCCCGACUGGAGCAUGCUCCUUGCGGCCAUCACGACCAUCUUCUUGGCCGCCGAGAAGCAGUGGACGAUGCUUGACUGGAAGCCCAGGCGGCCUGACAUGCUCACUGACACCUUUGGGUUUGGCCGGAUCAUACAUGAUGGGCUCAUGUUCAGGCAGAACUUCUCCAUUAGGUCCUAUGAGAUAGGGGCGGAUAGGACGGCAUCUAUAGAGACGCUGAUGAACCAUUUGCAGGAAACAGCACUUAAUCAUGUGAAGACCGCUGGGCUGCUAGGUGAUGGAUUCGGCUCCACACCAGAGAUGAGUAAAAGAAACUUGUUCUGGGUGGUUAGCCAAAUGCAGGCCAUCGUCGAGCGUUAUCCAUGCUGGGGUGAUACUGUUGAAGUAGAUACAUGGGUUAGUGCUAAUGGUAAAAAUGGAAUGCGAAGGGAUUGGCAUAUACGUGAUUCUAUAACAGGCCACACGAUACUGAAGGCAACAAGUAAAUGGGUUAUGAUGAACAAACUUACUAGGAAGCUUGCAAGAAUUCCAGAUGAAGUGCGGACUGAAAUAGAGCCAUACUUUUUUGAGCGUUCUGCUAUUGUUGAUGAAGACAACCGCAAGCUUCCAAAACUGCCAGAUGGUCAAAGCACUUCUGCAGCUAAAUAUGUGAGGACAGGGCUGACUCCUCGGUGGGCUGAUCUUGAUAUAAAUCAGCAUGUCAAUAAUGUUAAAUACAUUGCGUGGAUUCUUGAGAGUGCACCGAUAUCUAUUCUUGAGAAUCAUGAACUGGCGAGUAUUGUGCUGGAUUACAAAAGGGAGUGUGGCCGGGAUAGUGUGCUGCAGUCACACACCUCUGUGCAGACGGAUUGCAACAGUGAGUCUGGAGAAACAACCUUGCACUGUGAGCAUGUGCUGAGCCUUGAAUCAGGCCCGACCAUGGUAAAGGCCCGGACCAUGUGGAGGCCUAAGCGAACCAAGGCCCAAGAAACAGUGGUUCCAUCUUCAUUUUGAGUUGUGUGAGAUGUUGGGGAUGUGAUUUUGGCAACAAACUAUUUGGUAAAAGAUCAGAAUGGUUACCAGUGUCCUCUAUUGUGGAAGCAAAUCACACAAGGCAAGCAAGAUCUAAACUAAUUUAAUUAUGAAGUGUGAAAAAUAGAGGAGAUACAAGUGGGUCACAUGGAGGAGGAGACAGAACCGGGGAGAUCGAAUACAAAGGAGGCUUCCUGUGCAUGGUUUGUUCCUGUUUUUUCUUUUCCUUUUGAGUUCUUUCUUACGACAAUCUUCGGUCGCACAAAUGGGUGUUGUAAGUAUUGAUCUGUAGCUACAAGUGUAUGAAGGGGAGCAAGUGUUUCCCGUACAUGUUCCUUCUGGGGCUAUGUCCAUAUGUUAUAUAAGCCCCUUGAAAACAGCUUUGUCGCAGCCAUAUUCAUUCAGAGAAUUUGAAUCUCGUAUAUUGUAUUUUUCUGAUAUUAAAAUUGGAUAUUAUUACUCUUCUCCAGGCUGAUAAA